CUCGGGCAGUGUGUCAGCCUUGACCUGUAGUGUGUAGGGUAGGGGCGCGAAAGCAAAGAGCGCCCUUCCCGGCACCAGAUCCUGUUGGCCCCGCCUCCCUAGUCCCGCCUUCCAGGCCCCCGCCCCACCCUCGGCUCCGCCUCCGGCCGCGGCCCCUUCCUCCCGCAGCUGGUGCUGUGGUGCUGUGGGGCCGCGGAGCCGCGCAUCACAGUCUCUAUGGCCCGGGAUCUGAGCGCAAAGAAAACGGAUCUCAGAAAACCAGGACUAGCCCUGCUGUCGGGGCAGGGUGACCCCAUCAGUGACCUACAACCCCUCUGUGACCGCACAACUCCUUCUCACUAUGGAGUUUGUAUCUGAUGCUGACAGGCAGCGUGUCAUCCAUCCCCCCGCCGGACUCUUACUGGGACUCCAUGGCCACACAACUCUGUGAUUCCAUGUCUCCCCAAUUCCAAGACCCUCCCUGGCCCCAUGACUCCUGACCUUCUAAGUGACCUACCUAGACCUUGACCCCUGUGACUGUUCUUCCCAUCAUCCCCUUAACUCUGGCCCUGGCUCCCCUUGGGGGUCUUGUUGGUCUGGGCCUCCCCAGGAAGAUGUGGGGGAGGCUCUGGCCCCUCCUCCUGAGCUUCCUCACAGCAACCGCUGUCCCUGGACCCUCGCUGCGGAGACCAUCCAGAGAACUAGAUGCCACCCCGCGGAUGACGAUCCUUUAUGAAGAGCUCACUGGGACCCGGCACUUCAAGGGCCGAGCCCAGAACUACUCAACGCUGCUGCUGGAGGAGGCCUCAGCAAGGCUGCUGGUGGGAGCCCGAGGCGCCCUGUUCUCUCUCAAUGCCUACAACAUAGGAGACGGCACCCACAAAGAGAUUCGCUGGGAGGCCUCCCCAGAGAUGCAAAGCAAAUGUCACCAAAAAGGGAAAAACAACCAGACCGAGUGCUUCAACCACGUGCGGCUCCUGCAGCGGCUCAACGCCACCCACCUCUACGCGUGCGGGACCCACGCCUUCCAGCCCCUCUGCGCAGCCAUUGAUGCCGAGGCCUUCACUUUGCCAAGCAGCUUUGAGGAGGGGAAGGAGAAGUGUCCUUAUGACCCAGCCCGAGGCUUCACAGGCCUCAUCAUUGAUGGAGGCCUCUACACAGCCACGCGGUAUGAAUUCCGGAGCAUUCCUGACAUCCGCCGGAGCCGCCACCCACACUCCCUGAGGACUGAGGAGGCACCGAUGCACUGGCUCAAUGAUGCUGAGUUUGUGUUCUCCGUCCUGGUGCAAGAGAGCAAAGCCAGUGCAGUGGGUGACGAUGACAAGGUUUACUACUUCUUCACGGAGCGUGCCACUGAGGAGGGCUCUGGCAGCUUUGCUCAGAGCCGCAGCAGCCACCGUGUGGCCCGUGUGGCCCGUGUAUGCAAGGGGGACCUGGGAGGGAAGAAGAUCCUGCAGAAGAAGUGGACAUCCUUCUUAAAGGCGCGUCUCAUCUGCCACAUCCCACAAUAUGAGACACUGCGUGGUGUCUGCAGCCUGGAAACCGAUACCUCAGCCCGCACGCACUUCUAUACGGCCUUCACGCUGACCACACAGUGGAAGACCCUGGAGGCCUCGGCCAUCUGCCGCUAUGACCUGGCCGAGGUGCAGGCUGUCUUUGCAGGCCCCUACAUGGAAUACCAGGAUGGUGUCCGGCGCUGGGGCCGCUACGAGGGAGGGGUGCCAGAGCCCCGGCCUGGCUCGUGCAUUACAGAUUUGCUGCGCAGCCAAGGCUACAAUUCAUCCCAGGACCUGCCAUCCCUGGUCCUGGACUUUGUGAAGUUGCACCCACUCAUGGCUCGGCCUGUGGUGCCCACACGAGGACGGCCCCUGCUGCUCAAGCGCAGUGUGCGAUACACACACCUCACAGGGACACCUGUCACCACGCCCGCUGGACCCACCUAUGAUCUGCUCUUUCUGGGCACAGCUGAUGGCUGGAUCCACAAGGCUGUGGUCCUGGGUUCUGGGAUGCACAUUAUUGAAGAGACACAGGUGUUCAAGGAGCCCCAGUCUGUGGAGAAUCUGGUCAUCUCUCCGAUGCAGCAUAGCCUCUAUGUGGGAGCCCCUAGUGGUGUCAUCCAGCUACCACUGUCCAGCUGCUCACGCUACCGUUCCUGCUACGACUGCAUCCUGGCCCGGGACCCCUACUGUGGCUGGGAUCCCAGCACCCAUGCCUGCAUGAUGACCACCACCAUAGCCAACAGGACAGUGCUUAUACAAGACAUAGAGAAAGGAAACCGAGGCUGUGAGGGCAACGGGGACAUAGGGCCACCACCACCACUGAAGACCCGUUCUGUGCUUCGCGGUGAUGAUGUCCUACUGCCCUGUGACCAGCCAUCCAACCUUGCCCGGGCCUUGUGGCUGCUCAACGGGAGCACGGGCCUGAGCGAUGGGCAGGAGGGCUACCGCGUGGGCGUGGAUGGGCUGCUGGUAACAGACACCCAGCCUGACCACAGUGGCAACUACAGCUGCUAUGCUGAAGAGAACGGCCUCCGAACCCUGCUGGCCUCCUAUAGCCUCACGAGGAGCUCAGCCGCAUCCUGGAGAAGCGGAAGCACACGCAGCUCGUCGAGCACCUGGACGAGAGCUCUGUCUGAGCCCAGCCUCCCAGGAAAGAUGCUCUUCCAAGCCAGCCUGUCUGCCCCAGGCUGGGCCGCUGCCUCCCCAACACAGACACCCUACCUUACCCCCCAUUCCAACUCCAGGCCCUUCUCCCAACUUUUUGAUGUUCCUAUAAUCAAGGGGACAAGACAAGCCCAGCCAAACCCCCAUUCUCAGCCUCCAUAGACCCAUCUGUGAGCAGCCCAAGCCAACCGGUGCUUCUCAGAGGCAGGGCUCUGCAGGUCCAGAUGGCCUCAAUGUCACCACUCUGCAAGGCCCUAUGUGCUGGAUGGUCCUGAAAACAGACAAGACCUCUGCCAGCCACCAGAGCCACCCGAGCCCUGCGUGUAUUCACACGCGCGCGUGGAAGAAUGUCGAUCAGCUGGGCUGCAGGCCCCCCCCCCUUUCUGGUGCAUUCUUGUGUUUCAUCCCUUCUUCUGGACUUUGGGUACUCUCCCAACUGCCACAUCCCACCCUAUUUAGUCCUCUCCUGUAGUCCCAACCCUGUGUGAUGACCUCUUUGGCAAGAGCUUGGGAACAGGCCAGCCUGGGGAGGUAAGACUACUGCAUCAUUCCCUUUUCUCCCUUAAUGUGUAGCCCUUGUUGAGUCAGCCUCCCCACCAGGCAUGUCCCUUCCUCAGGCAUAUGUGCUCACAUUUCUAGUCACAUGCACAUUCUGAGCCUCCCCUUGCAGCCUUGGACAUGUGUCUGUCAGGUUUGGUCCAUGAACAUUUCAGGGGAGAGCUUUCUCCCACUUAGCUGUCUUCGCAGACACUUCCUUAGGACGGGUGACCGACACUGCACUCAAUGAGCCAGCCUCCCUUUUGGGGACCAAGCAUUUGCUACCCCUAGACCAGAGCAGGGGGAGGAGAGAUCUGAUGGGAUCUGCACCUGGCACAUGAAGCCCGUUCUUGGAACUAUGCAAAGGGCAGAGGCUGGGAGUUUGGAUGCUUGGCUCCCACCCCUGUCCUACCUCACCGGGACACUUUCAGGGUCCAGGAGCCUCUGAAGUCUCCAGGCGCAUAUGGGACAAUCAAAAUCUGACUGAGCUCCCCCAUUCCCCUUGGGUGAGGACGACUGUUAUUUUUGUAGCUGAGAACGUGGAAUCCCACGGAUUUUUACUGCCCUUCAACCUCUCCCCCUUCCACCCCACAAUGAAUGUAUUUAUUGUGAGGCGGCUGCAUUUCUUUAAGAAUGCCCCCGCUCACCACCCAGGCAGGCGGGACGGGCAUGUGACAGAGUGGGGAGCCUGGGCUCAGCUCCUUCUCCCACUGUUGGUUAAUAAAUACCCUCUUUCCCCACA